CACGGUCAAAAUGGAGGCAUUGCUGUGCGUUUAUUUGAUUGAGUUUGUUUAACAUUAAUAAUCAACAAUAAUCUUUCUUCCAUUGAGCUAUAACUGCAUGUAAACGCAGACACACACCCGUUGUACUGUAUAAGAUGGAUGCGGAUGCCUCCGGCACUGAUCUGAUGGGCAAGAGCUGGGGCUUCCGGCGCAGCACGAUAGCCAAACGAGAGUUCAUAAAGGCGGUGUGUUCAGUGGACGAGAGCAGCGGUGAUCCUGACCUCCAGACGCACAGGGGUCGUGGCCGGGGUCGAGGCAGAGGUCGCGGCAGGGGUCGCGGGAAACGUGCUGCCGAUGCUGGCGUGGGGUUUACGGCAGCUAAACGAGGGCGUAGGGGUCGAGGGCGCGCGUGGGUACAUGCAGACGAGUCCAGCAGCGAACACAACACAGGAGGAGCCACAUCAGACCGAGCUGAAGACAGCGACGAUCUCAACCUGCAGGAGAUGCGGAGGCGAGCGCUGGCACGGCGGAUGAGAGAAAUCACAGACGGAGAGGGAAAUGAUGGACUGGAGGAGCAGGAGUGUGUAGAGCAGUCUGACGACACGGAGAGCGCAGCAGAAGGAGAAAAGCAGGGUUUAUUGACUGAGAGAGAAGCUGCAGAUACUCUGAAUAUUGCUGGAGAAGAGAGGAAUAACAGACUGAAGAGUCACUCUGAGGAUCAGGAGGAAAACUGCAUCUCUAAUAAACAUGAGGAGGAUAAUCAGGACCCUGUGUGUGGCACAUGUGGACAGAGGGAUAGUAACAGGUUGAUGAUCAGCUGUAAAUCCUGUGGAGCGUUUCGUCAUGUUGACUGUGUCGGCAUCUUGGAGACUUGGAAAAAUGAGGAGUAUAUUUGUCCAUCAUGCACUGAGAACCGCAAACUGGCAUGGAGGAACCAGAAGACUGACGAUCUGUGCAUAAAACAAGAGAUCAGCUCCAUCAAUAUGGUGGAUGUGGAGCAGAUGAUAAAGGUGGAGCAGAAUGUGGUGGAGGUUUCUCCUAAAUGCAUCGGUCCGGGCUGCAGCAGUGAUGCCCUGCCGGAGUCGGUGUACUGCGGCCAUCGCUGUAUCGUUCAGCACGCAGCCGUCGCCAUCAAGACUCUCUCUGAACCCAAACCUGAAGCCAAAUCUGCUGUUGUACCGUCUCUCAAGAGCGAGAAACGAUCAUUUCUUGCGAAGCUUUUCAAGGUGAAGGUCAACAAGAGUCCAGCAGAGAGAGAGCAGGAGGUUAAAGCGGAAGAAAAGAGUGAAGAGUCGGUCUGUUCAUCUGCAGACGCUGACCCAGCACAAACAACCACAACCGCUCCACCUGAACAUCACAAACUCCUUGUUAAAGACAGUAGUGAAGUUGAGCCAGCGCUGCUGUGUUUGAAGAGUCCACCUUCAAGUUUGCCGCAGGAUGCUCCCAGUUCUGAAAAGGCUCCUGCAGCUCCGGUACUGAAGAAAUCCACUCCGGCACGAGCAAAGAAGACCAUGCCCGGCUCGCCACGACUGGAGCUUUUGAGAGGGGCUCUCAGUAAAAGCCCUUUAGCUUCCCUCAAAAAACCCAGCGACUCUAGUAGAACCCCGGAAGUGUCUGCUAGAGCUCCUGAAGUAUCCAGCGGACCCCCAGAGGUGCCCAUCAGAGUCCCUGAGAUAUCCAGCAAAGCCCCUGAAAUCCCCGUCAGUGCCCUGGAAGUAUCCAGCAGAGCCCCAGAAGUGUCCGUCAGAGCCCCAGAGAUAUCCAGCAAAUCCACUGAAGUCCCUGUCAGUACCCCAGAAGUAUCCAGCAGAGCCCCAGAAGUGUCCGUCAGAGCCCCAGAGAUAUCCAGUAGUGCCCUAAAAGUCCCUGUCAGUGCCCUGGAAGUGUCCGUCAGAGCCUCAGAAAUGUCCAGCGGAGUCCCAGAGGUGUCCAGCAGAUCCCCAGAAGUGUCCAGCGGAGUCCCAGAGGUGUCCAGCGGAGUCCCAGAAGUGUCCAGCAGAUCCCCAGAAGUCUCCAGCAGAGUCCCAGAAGUAUCCAGCGGAGUCCCAGAAGUCUCCAGCGGAGUCCCAGAAGUGUCCAGUAGAUCCCCAGAAGUGUCCAUCUGGCACCCUCACUGCAGCCCUCUUCUGAUCAGACAAAGCGUCCGCUGCUUGCUGACCAAGAUUAUGCUCAAAAGGUUAAAUCAGAGUGAUGGAUUGAUCUUCUCAGAGAACGAGAUUGAGAAGUUUGCUGUGGAUCUGGAGAAGGAGAUGUUCAGCAUGUGCUACACCACAGACCAGGAGUACAGGAGUAAAUGCCAGGACCUCAGCCUCAGCCUUGAAAAUCCCAAAAACAAGGAGCUGUGUCUUCAGGUUUUGAGAGGGAAUCUUCCUGUAUCCAGACUCAUCUCUGUCAGUCAGCAGGACAUGGCAGCCGUUGAGGAGGCCUCUGCAGACCCUGAACCUCAGAUUUCUUUGAAGGAAGAAUCGUCCUUUCCUUCUGUAGAUAUGGAAGAACCCACACCUUCUUCUCCUCCUGCUGAGAGUGUGAACGCUGUAGAGUCCAUGAACACAGAUACACACACAGAAGAGAAAUCCUCUCUGUCUCCACUGAAGCAGACUGAGGAGAGGAACAUAAGCUCAGACUCUCCAGACGUGAUCGGCAGCAUGCUGAAAGACACUACAGCAGAACACAAGCUGCAUGUCUUUGACCUCAAAUGCAGGAUAUGCACAGGUCAAUCAUCCACUGACGGUGACUGUGACAUCAAGAAACCCCAGAUGAAGACCGAAAGUGUAGAAAAGGAGAGCUCUUUAUGUGUAGUUCAGCCGACAGAUGAAGCUCUAGACUGUAGUGUACUGGAGUCUCCUGCUUCUCCCAGCGCAGAGGAUGUCGAUUCAAAGACACACACUGUAGACUACUCCCCGGUCGUCAUUCCUGCAGUUCCCCUGGUGUCUAUCUCUGGGAGAGACCCUCGGACAGCACAGUAUCACAAAACGGCGUCAUCUUCCGGACCAGAGUCCGUCUCCACAUCGCUGCAGCAUCCUAAUCCAGCAAGAAACACAGCUGAAGCUGUAAAUGAGACGCAGCCCACGCCGGUGUCUGUGCGUCUGCCUAAAUCUAUCCUCAUGAAGCCCUCACCAUCAUCUCUGCACACUUCAUAUGCGUCAAAUACAAGGCUGGCAGAUUGUGAUAAAGGAACCAGACAGUUUCUAGCUAAGCAGAGCAUUUUAUGGAAAGGUUUUCUCAACAUGCCCACUGUGGCCAAGUUCGUAACAAAAGGAUAUUUAAUUUCUGGCUCUCCUGACAUCCUGAAAGAGGAGUUACCAGACACCAUACACAUUGGAGGCAGAAUAUUACCUCAGACCGUAUGGGAAUAUGUUGACUUGAUAAAGACAUCAGAGGCAAAGGAGCUGUCCUUAAUACGCUUCCAUCCGGCGUCUGAUGAAGAGGAGGUGGCAUACGUGUCUCUGUUUUCAUAUUUCAAUAGUCGUAGGAGAUUUGGGGUUGUGUCUAAUAUUUGCAAACACAUCAAGGAUCUUUACCUCAUUCCACUGUGCACUAAACAGUCCAUCCCUGCAGCUCUUCUUCCUAUUGAGGGACCAGGGCUCGAACAGGAUCACCCUAAUCUCAUAAUAGGGUUAGCAGUCUGUCAGAAACUGAAGACCCCCAACGGACCGCCGCAAGAUGCUGCUGAGAAGAAACCCAAGUCUUUGAUUUACAGCACUCCUACCUCAAUAAAUGAUCUUGGACCGUAUCACACGAAGGCUUGUGAUGUUGAUGUUUUCCUCAACUCAAAUUCAAGCGGACCUCCAUCUUCAUCUUCUGUACCCGUGUCAAAACCAAGCACGUCUGUCAACAUGGGGACAUCCAAAGACUCCACCACCCCGCUUCAGACCAUACUGAACACAUUAUUCGGUCAAAAGAAACCACUUUCUGAUGUGACGGAGGGUAAGAAAGCAGAUGAUGUUCAGCAGGAGGACGCAGUGAAGUGUGUUGAUGAUAUGCCUUAUGAUCCUGAAGACUAUGAUCCUGCUGUUUCUAAUGAAGCAAUGGUUACUUUGAGUCCACCCAAGGUUGUGGAACCUAAAGUACCACCUUCAGCUAUUAAUAAUGAAGACGAUGAUAGACCGUAUGACCCAGAAGAGGAGUACUGCGCGAUUGAUCACGGCGAAACUCUCAGAAGUAAUUUACCCAAAGUGUCAGAAGCUAAAAGUGUUGAAAACCCCCCCAUAGCUAACACUGAUAUCGCCUAUGAUCCAGAAGAUGAGACGGUGUUUGAAGAGAUGCAGAAUUACCUCACAAAUAACGCAAUACCUCACAAACCCACAGUCUGCCUUUCCAAAUACAAGGACGACAUCUCAACGGCGACUCUCUCUGAGCAGCAGAAGAUUCUCGAGGAGCUGAAUAGGCAGAUCGAGGAGCAGAAAAGGCAGCUCGAAGAGCAGACGGAAACCCUACGCCUUCAGAAGGAAGCCAUCGGACUCUCCAUGGCACAUUUCUCUGUUUCUGACGCUCUCAUGUCACCACCGACGCAGUUUGGCAGAGAUGAAACCGAAACGGAGACAACAGCCUAUUUUUCUAUGAAUAUUCACAAUAAGGAUCCACGAAUCUGUCGAAAAGCAAGUCAAGAUGUGUCUGUUAAUGACGCAGAGUGUGAGGGAAUUGAACAAGAAAGUGCGCAGAAGCAAUUAAUCAUUGAAGAGACUAAAAACGUGGCAUCAAAUAAAUCGGCAAUCCCAAAGAAAGAGACGCUAGAAGAGGAAUCGCAUCAACAGAACAGUAAAUCUUCACAUUCAGAGAAAAAAGGAGACCGUAGACGGUCCACACUGAGCUCACGGAUGAAAUCACGGCACGAGCACAGGUCACACCAUCAUGAGAAAUCAUCUCCAAGAGCGUCACAUACAGGCAGAGCCUCAAAAGACAUCUCGGACAAACACUACAGAAGGAGAACGACUACAGAGCGGCUCUCUAGGGGAAGUUACGGAGACAGAAAGAGAGUAUCAUCAUCAUCAUCAUCUUCAAGGAAAAGUUCUCAUCGUCACCAUCACAGAGAUUCCUCUUCGCCCUCACGGUAUAGCAGGAGAAGCCAUUCCUCAUCGAAUUCGCACUCAAAACAGAGAGAUAAAUCUGCACAGAACGACACUGAGCAGUCAGGAAAGAUCGAACAGCAGGAGUCUGGAGCAUUGCUGGAGAAUAGCACUCAAUCUGAGCAAGUCUCUGACUGUCUGACUGUGCAACCUCCUUAUGCAAGUGUUAAAGUGCAAAGUGAGACUACUAAACCUAAAGACAAGCAAGUGGAAGAAGAUCAGCAAGAUGGGGUUUUAACUGCACAACACGAGGCUGAGCAAAACCAGGCACUUCAGACAUCCCAGAACUCUUCACAGCCGCAGUCAAACAAGUUAUUUGACAAAACUCAAGCUCAGUUGAUGCCAUGCAAAACUGAUGUGUCUUCUACACAAGGACCACUUGGGAACAUUGCACAUGAGGAUUCUUCACUCGGAGUUUCAUCAGCAUUGAAGCCACACACAAUUCAGCCUGAUGCCUUUCAUUAUGACUCCCCGAGUCCAUCUACACACAAUCAAACAGUUUUUCCUGAGCCUGCUCAGAUUGAUCAUAAGAGAGGCAUUGCAUCAGCUCAGAGGCUGAGUUAUGACCUAACACACCAGUCACCUUCAGGAGAUUACCCUUUUCAUUCGCAGUAUAGAAAUCUGCCUCAACGUGACUCUGAUCAACUCUACAGCAGAGAGAUGCCUCAGGAUUUUAAUAAUGAUGCUGAACAUGGCCAGUCUUGCGUAGCUCGUAAGCAGGAUGGUUUACCCAGAAGGAUCCGUAGAAGGUUUUUACUGGAACACACAGAACGGAGUCAACAACCCAGACCCAGUCACUUACAUGAAAGCAAUUUCCAAGCAACCUCACAUCACGAACAAAGCAGUUUGUCUUGCAUGCCGGAAGAAAACAUUGAUCAGGAUGAAUCUGGUCAGUUUCCGCAAGGUAAGUUAUUAUUAGGGCGCAAGAAUCUCUUCAGACGUCCUAAUACUAAAGAGUACUUCCAGCAUUCAUUGUUCGAUGAGUGGAAACCACAGAGAGAGCCUUCCUUUAGGACUAAAGCCUCGAGUGCACACAUGUCCCCACAAUACACCUCUGAAACACAAAGCUGCAACCAGACAUUUGAAGAGGAUGAAACGGACACAAUACAACCUUGUUUUUCCAGACAAGCUCCCACACACUCGAGAGACCCAAAGUGUGGGUCGACGCAUAGACCAUUUGAAGCACAGCAAUACACACAAAGAGGCCUGCAAAGGUCUCAACUUCGAGGAUUAAGAAGGGGUGUUAGAGGGAGGUUUUUAGGAAGGGGUCCUAAAAUGAACGCACAACCCCGCUUUGAAUCUCCACAGCAGUUUUUGGGCCAAAGAGGAGAACCGCCUGCUGAUGUAGAGGCAUCGAGACCUCCAAAUCAUCACAGUCUUGUCAGUCAUAAUGAAGCACAUGCACCUAGAUUUCCCCCCAACGCUGCUACUCGGUUUAAAAAGACGCAUCUGAAUCAAUGUGAGGUUCAAAAUUUAGGGCAACCACGCAAAAUGUUCCUGCAUGGUCACAGACUGAUGAGGACAAGGCCUUUACGGCGGUCAGGUCCACUGCUGCCCACUCCACCUGGAGGACCGGUCAACAUUUCCAGAGUACAGCGAUGUAACUCUCCCAAUGAAGGACACAGGGAAUAUCUGCCGUAAGACCUGGAUAUGUCGAUAUCAGUGAAUUAAUGAAGUGCUAACAAACAUCACUUUCCGUCAGGGAGUCGAUGGCGUUCAGACAAGGAGAACCGAUUGUUCAGCAGUUGUGGACCAUCAUGAACAUCCAUAAAGUUUCAGCUGUAGAGAAGGAAGACAGGUCAAACAUUUAGAGAUGAAUAAACAAAAGACAACAAUGUUGGUUAUGAAGGGAAAGCAAGAGCAGGUGGAUGCAGAAGUCUUGCAAUGUUUGACGAAGCUGAGAUUUAACCUAUGUUGGUGCAGAUGUUCAAAGUUUGAUGUUCAAAGGAUAAAACCCUCUUUAAAGGGUUUAGAUGAGGAAGAUCUUGUUAUAAGACAUUGACAGAAACCCAACAAGCUUUUUUGCACUUAUAGUCUAAUAGACGUCUGACAAUGUCUAAUAGACAUCUAAACAAAAACAAAGGCUAAAAUUGGGCUGUCAGUGAACAUCUAAUAGACGUCUAAGAACAGCCCAAAUCUAGACUAGUCAUCAAAUACACUGAAAUGAUUGACUACAUUCUUGUAAU